GGGAAGGAGUUGCCGCCGCCGCCGCCGCUACCCACCGUCACCCGGCGUCCCGGUCCCGCUGUGCUAUGGAGGACGUGCUGCCCCCGGGUCUGCUGGAGAUCUGCCUGCUGGUCGGCGUGCCCCAGGAGCGGGUGAGAGCGCUCCUCCAGGGUACUCAAAGAAAACCCAAAUACCUUCCUCCCCUUGAUCCAGAAGUUCUUUCUGUAUUUGUGCCUCCGUUUAUCAGCAGAGAUGAUACUCAGGUGAUUAAUGCUGGUAAUAACUUGAAUAAAAGUAAACGCCGGUCUUUCCGAAAGAAAAAAGAGAGACCAAAGAUUGAAAAUGUCAAGAGUCUCAACGGGGAGCAGAAAGCACCGGACACUGAAGAUAUUACAGUUCCAAAGGACAUUGAUCUUAUCGGUUUGCCACAGCUCUGCUUCCCAGGAGGACUUUAUGUAACCUCUGAAUCCAAAGACGACCACAUUCAUUUCCUGGUCUUCACAGAUGUCUGUGGUAACAGAACAUACGGGGUUGUUGCACAAUACUACCAGCCUAUGCAAGAUGGCUCUAUUUCCUCGAAUGGGCAGGCCCACUGGGAAUCUGCGCAGAGUGGGAAGAUGCCUGCCUGUUUUGUACCAUUAGCUAUUUGUGUUAUAUCCAGAUAUCCAUAUUUUAAUGCCCUCAAGGAUUGUCUCUCUUGCUUACUAGUACAGCUGCGACCUUUCAAGGAUUUAGAUGUUGAGGAGCACGUAAAAGAAUUUGCAGCAAAAUUAUUUUUAAUACCCAGCCCGCCACCAGGACCACUCCACUUGGUAUUUAAUAUGAAACCACUUCAAAUAAUAAUUCCUUCACGAGAGGAUCCGGACAGUCCAAUUAUUGACUUGGAUCUUCAUCUUCCGUUGUUGUGUUUCAAGCCAAAGCAGGUGCUGCAGAUUAUGACCUGUAUCUUGACUGAGCAGAGAAUAGUUUUCUUCUCUUCUGAUUGGGCUCGGCUGACGCUCGUUGCUGAAUGCUUUAUGUUGUACCUUCAUCCUCUUCAGUGGCAACACACUUUUGUGCCCAUUCUCUCUCGGCAUAUGCUGGAUUUUGUCAUGGCCCCGACAUCUUUUCUUAUGGGAUGUCAUGUUGAUCAUUUUGAAGUAGUUAGCAUGGAAGCAGAAGACUUAAUUCUAAUUAAUAUUGAUAAUGGAGACAUUACACAUUCAAAAAUGACAGCAGAGGAAACUGAAAUUCCAGAUGUUCCAGCACAUGCGGCAGAAACUUUCAUAACAAGGGUGGAGAGUCUCCAGCUGCAUUAUGAUCUAGAGCUCUGCCAUCUCCGGGCCAGCACGGAUCUUGGUGAACUCCAAACGCGCAGAAGAGCUUGGCAACAGAAACUGAAUUCAGAAAUUCAGCAAACGACUUUGCAGUUCAUUGUUAAUAUCUUUAGGGAGGUGAAAGACCAUCUAAAUUAUGAAUACAGAGUGUUUAACAGUGAAGAAUUUCUGAAAACAAGGGCGAUCGGCGACCAGCCAUUUUACAAAAAGGUUUUGGAGACCUACAUGUUUCACUCUUUCCUUAAAGCUCGUCUGAACAGAAGGAUGGAUGCUUUCGCUCGACUUGAGUUGAGUACCCAGUCUGAAGAGGACAGAUUUAACUUGAUGUUUCAUACGCCGAGAAGACUGACAAUGGAGAAAAUAGCUUCUAAGCGGUUUCAUCAGCAGUACGUGAUCAACAGGCGUAUGGUAAUUAGUAUGCCUAAUCUGCAAGAUAUCAAGCUGUCAGAGGGCCCUACUAGAAAUUCCUCACUUCGAAGGAUAGACGCAGGCGUUGCUGUGAAAAUGCCCUCCAAAUCAGUCAGUACAUUCAAAAUCCCAGAAAUUCACUUUCCUCUGAUGUUCCAGUGUGUUCACUCCUACUACACCGACUUCUUCAACCAUCUCAGCAAAGCUAUAAAUACCUUACCACCCGAUAACUCGGUGUUGCUGGCAAGGUACUUCUACCUCCGGGGACUUGUUAGCUUGAUGCAAGGGAAACUACUAAACGCGCUUUCUGACUUUGAGAACCUGGAUAAAACAGACUUGAGAAUUUUCCCUACUGACCUUGUAAGAAAAAUAGUGGAAACCAUGCCUCCUGCUGAGCGUUUCCAAGCAGACCGCAAGCCUGAGCUGAAGAAGCUGAUAAGUCGAGUGAUGGAAAAACAGAGAGAAGUUGUGAAAAUAGAUGAUCACGUGAAAAAUUUUGAAUUGCCAAAAACACACAUGCAACUGGAUGAUUUUGUGAAGCGAAUCCAGGAAUCUGGAAUUGUCAAAGAUGUGGACACUAUACAUCGGUUAUUUGAUGCCCUAACAGUAGGGCAGCAGAAACAGAUCGAUCCUGAAACGUUCAGAGAUUUCUACAACUACUGGAAAGAAACUGAAGCAGAAGCUCAAGAGGUGAAUCUGCCACCGACAGUAAUAGAGCAUCUAGAUAAAAAUGAAUGUGUCUACAAGUUAUCCUGCUCAGUUAAAACUAACUACGGUGUAGGGAAAAUAGCUCUGACCCAAAAGCGCUUGUUCCUGUUGACAGAAGGAGGCCGUCCUGGCUACAUCCAGAUCGCUGCUUUCAGGGAUAUCGAGGAAGUUAAGAGCACGACUGUAACUUUCCUUGUUUUGAAAAUACCUACUCUGAGGAUUAAAACAUCAUCUAAAAAAGAAGUCUUUGAAGCAAACCUUAAAACUGAGUGUGAUCUCUGGUACCUGAUAGUGAAAGAAAUGUGGGCUGGAAAGAAAAUGGCAGAUGAUCACAAGGAUCUUCAGUAUAUUCAGCAAGCACUGACAAACGUUCUCCUGAUGGAUGCUGUGGUUGGUGCCCUGCAGUCCUCCAAGAACAUAUAUGCGGCCUCCAAACUGGCUUAUUUUGACAGGAUGAAGAAUGAAGUGCCUAUGAUGGUCCCCAAAACAACUUCAGAGACGUUGAAGCACAAGAUCAAUCCCUCAGCUGGGGAGACAUUUCCACAGGCAAUAGAUGUCUUGCUUUAUACGCCAGGGCAUCUCGACCCUUCAGAAAGACCUGGCAAUGCUCAUCCCAAACUAUGGUGUGCUUUAAAUGAGGGGAAAGUGGUGGUCUUUGACGCAUCUACCUGGUCUAUUCAGCAGCACUGUUUCAAAAUGGGCCGCUCUAAGCUGACUUGUAUGAUCAUGGUAGAACAGAGUCAAGUGUGGAUCGGCUCUCAAGACUCCAUUAUUUAUAUCAUCAACACCCACAGUAUGUCUUGUAAUAAGCAACUGAACGAUCAUCGUUCCGAUGUUAUGGACAUCGUUGUGGAGAAGAAGAAUGGAAUACCCAGCGAGGCGUACUCGAGCAGCUUAGACGGAACAGUGAUUGCCUGGAACAUCAGCACUCUGAAAGUUAACCGCGUCUUUCAGCUGCCCUGCCAAAAUCUCACUUCUAUCAAGCUUCAUAAUGACCAGCUGUGGUGCUGUACUGGAAGUUGCAUACUUGUUUUGUCAACUCAUGAAUUCCGGCUACAGAUGAAAAUUGAGCAUCACCUGAGGGAUGUGGCUUCCUGUUUUCUCUGCUUCCAGCUCUUCCCUGAGAGAGAUGAAGUGUGGGCGUCUUACUCGGGGAGUAGUGACCUGUACAUCUGGAACACCAGAGAUGUUGCAAGUCCACCUCAAAAGAUUCAUCUUCAAGAUUGCUCUGAGAUUACUUGUAUGAUAAGAGUUAAAAAUCAGAUGUGGGUUGGCAGCAGUGGAAGGUCACAAGGCAAGAGCAGAGGGAAGAUCUACGUGAUCGAUGCUGAGAAGAAGACGGUGGAGAAGGAGCUGGUUGGUCACACGGACACAGUAAGGGCGCUGUGCUCGGCAGAGGACAGAUACGUCCUCAGCGGCUCCGGGAAGGAAGAAGGGAAGAUUGCCAUUUGGAAAGCUGAAUAGUUCAACUGUUCAAAAUAUGGCAAAAUACAUAUUUUCCUCCCUGUGCUGAGGAAAAAAGCUCAGAACCUCAGGCCGCGUUUACUCCAGCAUCUUGCUUCUAUUUCAACCACCUCUCAGUGUUAUUUUUUUGUGGUAUUUAUUGAGUUAUUUAGUAGCUACGUUGUUGUAGAAAAUGGAAAUGGAAGUGAAUCUCUCCUGGCACCUUGUCCUGCUCCUGCAUGUUUGAUAAUAACAGGAAUGUGAACUGAGGGGUCACUGCCUUUGAACUUGACCCGUUUUGGUGGGGAGGAGCAGGGCUGUUGGCCGGGCCACGUGGUGCUGGUUGCCCCAAGAGAGAGAGAGCAGAAACCAGUUCAGUAAUUCCAGUAAUUCUGCUGGAGCUCUUUCUCAUUUGUCUAAAACCAUGCGAUUCAAUCUUUACAGCCUAUAAUAGCUGGAAAUGGGCACUGAAAAGGAAAAAAAAAUAUAUCUAAGUGCCUUUGUUGGAUUUACUGUAAAUGCUGAGUGUCUUUCUGAACUGGUUUUAUCUGGGAGGACUGGUUGUUCCCCCUCUGUACAUUUAUGGUGCUCUAGUAUUGAAGAUGUAGACACGGAUCACGCCGAAAGCUCCCUGCUGGGGAGAGAAGAUACUUGGGAUGUUAUUGACAACUGUUUUUUAAACUUGUUUUUCCUUUAGAAACAAGGCCCAGCACUUGGCAUUUGGAACAGUAUGUGACACUCCUUGGGGUUUGUUUUUUUUUUUUUCCCCUCUUCUGAAGCACUUAAUUUAUUUAAUUUCUGUAUAUAUUACGCUGGCUUUUGGACACAACCUUCCAGUUCCUUUGCAAACCAACCUCUGCCACUCCUCCCGUGGGUCACCGUUGCUGCAGGCACAGGAACUGCUGUUACUUCGUGUAGAACCUGCUUAAUUUUCAAAUCCUGUAAAGUCCUCAAACUACUCUUUAAUUACUGAAGCCAGCAUCACGGGGGUGUGAUCUGGGGGACUCUCUUGACAGCGUCUCCUGAUCACGUCCUCACCUCCCAUGUUUUCCCCACUGAUGACAAGUACCUACAAGUCAAGCAAUAAAUGGAGGCAGAAGAGUUUUGUGUCGACGAUAUUUAAUAUAUUGUAAAUAGAAGGAAAAAAAUGGGCUGCUACUUUUGUUCAUAAAUACAAAAUAGGCCUAAUAGAAGUGUAAACUACUGGAAAUAAUACUCUCUGUAAUAUUUCUAUUACAAUGUGCUGAUGAAAGGUUUUAUCAUAUGUGGUAACUGAAAUUUUACCUUUUUAAGUGUGGGGUUUUUUUUUCAAUUUCAGAAUAUUAAACACUAUAUUGAUACUCUG